CUUCAGUCAUGAGCUAUGAUGGAAUCAGUAACUCUCACCAUUCACUUCAAGAACAGGGUCAGACUCUUCUACCCAAAACAUCUUCCUGGUCUUCAACUUACCAUGGCAAUACAGAAAACGUUUGAUUUGGGAAGUGACGACGAAGUGGAAUUAGUAGACAGAAUAUCAAGUGAGAGACUGAGCCUAUCUCAACUACACAGCUUGCCUCCUAACACCCACAUUGUGUCUACACUCAUACUGAAACACAAUAUAGAGACGAACAAGAACAUGUGUAACAAAAGAAACACUCUCCUAUCUCAAGAGAAGACUGUUGUUGUACACAAGCAGAAUAACACCCUGGGUUUUAAAGUGCAGUAUUUCUUUGCUCCCUCUCAGACAAACCUUGCUAGUCCGUAUCACAAGAUGGCUACAAUAUUUGUGAAGCAACUGGACGCUAACGGACCUGCAGCAAAAGCUGGCCUCAAACAAGGUGACAGAAUUCUGAAGGUUAAUGGAGUCAGCGUGUUUACGAAGAGUCUGGAAGAUGUUGUUACGAUGAUGAAGAAAAGGGAAGAUUAUGUGGUGUUAACUACAGUACCCUGGUACAAGGAUUUCCUCCAAGUCGAAUAUCCUAGUUACGCUUACAGCGAGCCAGAAUCAGACACAUCCAACACGUCACUGGAUAGGUUCUCUCCAGUCCGUACUCCUCCGGCAGGGUCUGACAGAAAGUACAACUCUCUAACCAGAAACUACUCUGGUAACCAUAGCAACAUCAGUUCUCAUAGUAACAGUGGUAGCCAUGCUACUAGUCCAAGCAGGAGAUCAGGUACCCACAGUCCCAAGUGCACAAGAACACCAGAAGACGCACCAAUCAAGCCUCCACGUCCUAGCUACGUGUUACGGAGAAAUGAGAGGGAACAACCUAUAGUAGAGCGAGAUUUUGGGGGUAGUUUGGAUGCUGCAACCAUUCCAAAAUCUCCUAGUGCAGUUGCUACUCCACGUGCAGCUAACAAGAGAUUGUCUCACAGUACAGAUGAUAAACGCAAGAGAUUUGGUACCGUGCACUAUUUUGACGAUUUCCAGCUCCCUGAGAAACCAUCAAGCUCAGGAGCAAGUUCCAAGGUUGAACAAUUGCAGGAGAUGGAUCCCCUAUGUGAGGCCCUGAUAUCUCAGUCUAAGAUCUCACCCAGUGAUCUCCAGAGGCUCACUUCUGACUGUAACAUGGAGGGAUAUCUCGAUUGUAAGAUACUGGAUGAGAACUCUAAGAGACACACACUGCGCGGCUGGAGUAAACACUUCACUACUCUCCACACCUCUGAACUGUGUCUGUAUAAGAACUACAACGACUAUGUGGAGAAGAGGGAUAAGCCGGAGGAGGGACCUGUAGAUAUCAGUAACUGUCUCGUUAGUAUCGAGUACCGGCUCAAGAAACCUGUCUUUAGACUGACCUGUCAAAACGGAAAGGAGUAUCUCUUCAAGGCUGACUCUAACGAUGACAUGUUGGAAUGGAUAGGAGUUAUCCAGAAACUGAACGACAACCAGUCCCUCUGUAACAGUCUGAUAAAGAGAAAAGCAGACGAGCUACUAAAGUCAGAUAACAAGUCUGAUAACAGUGAGGAGGUUGGGAAGAGGACCGGAAAAGGAGCUGGAGGGAAGAUAAAAGAGUACAAACUGGAGGCAGAAUUCGCAGUCAACUCUCAAUAUGAUUUCCCCUCGUUCGGGAGCACCAUAGACAAGUGCAUGAAGUGCAGUGUGAACAAGCUAGUACCAGCAAUAGUAGCCGGUUGUAUACGUGAAGUAGAAGAAAGAGGACUCAGUACUACUGGUAUCUACAGACUCUCAGGGAACGAGAAGGCUAUACACUCCCUUAUUAACCAGAUCGAUAGGGACCCUAGAGCAGUGGACUACAAAACACCUCCGUGGACAGAUAUACACAACACAUGUGCUGCGCUGAAACAGUUCUUCAGGAGACUUGCAGAGCCUCUCAUACCUGCGCAUCUGUACCCGCUCUUCAUGGACGCUGCUCAAUUAUCUGAGCUAGAGGAGAGACAAGAGAGACUGAGGGUCUUGAUUAAGCAGCUACCGGAAUGUCACCUAGCAACCGCUAAACUCCUGUUUGGACAUCUUGUUAAGGUCGCUGCUAAUGCUGAAGUCAAUAAGAUGCACACUUACAAUCUAGCGAUAAUAUUCGGACCUACAGUGAUCAGAUCUCAGAACAGUGACAUGGUAUCUCUAGUUGCUGACAUGUCCAACCAAUAUAAAGUCGUGGAAUGUCUUAUUACCAAGUAUAGCUACGUAUUCGAAGAAGAAGAAGAAGAAAAUACUGUAGAAGAAGAAAGCAAAUCAGACGAGAAAUCUGAAAAGUCAGACGAAACUUCGGAAAAGUCACACAAAUCUGCUCAGUCUGAUAUGGGAUUAUUCAGUCAGAAAAAGUACCGGCCCUCCCAGAACGGCCUAGUAACUCCCUCUGAUGAUAGAUCCAGCUUACCUACAGACUGGAAAUUCGAGAACGGAACAGAAAAUGAGAAAUCAGAUCACGUGACAGACAAAACAGAUAAGAGCACUCAGUGUAACAUUCGUAAAGCUCAGUGCAAGUCUCCUCCGCAAUCAUCUGAAGAUAAGAUAGUGUACAGGAAAGAACCGGUGGGAAUUGUUCACCCCUACAAAGACGAUAUCAAAAUGAGACCAGUGUCUCGUAUCUUUGAUAAGAGACUUGUAUCUUUGGAUACAAGUCCUAGAGAGGAUACCGAGCAUGGACCUAAGAAGAGUUUGAGUUUAGAGUCUCUGUUGGAUGUUAUAAAUGCAGAACAGCAGCAGAAGAGGCAGCUUGCUAAGAGAGGAUGUAGUCAACAGUUCGAGUCAAUCCACAAGUUCGUUAACGGACUGCACCAGAAGAACACUAGAGUCCAGCACUCCGUCCCCCUUAAACCCGCAAGUUGUCCCAAAAGCCGGGGAGUUGCCACCUCUACAAUAGUCCCAUCUACUGGACCUGUAAAACCCAUCCACUCUGUACCCGUCAAGCCUGUCAAACCGCAGCAGCAGCACAUCUACUCAGUUCCGUAUAGGAGAUCUUCGGAAGAAAGGACAAGCGACCGGGCCAACUCGGACUAUUAUCGACAUGACAUGAUCCGAACUAACACUCGCAAGUCAGCUGAUAUAAGCACUCGCAAAUCAACUGACAUUGGCACUCGCAAAUCAUCAGACAUUAGCACUCGCAAGUCGCUAGACUCCAGAGGUCGGAGCGAACACAGGUGGGCUGAGAACAUGUUACACACCCACCAAGGCAGCCACCCCGCCAUCCCCGUGUCAGACCAUCAGACACGUGAUGAGACACGUGAUCAUCGCCCACGUGUCUCCCGGUCACAUGACCUCAUCAGAAACUCCCGGUCAGCUUCAGACUAUUAUCAGAGGAAUGAUCGGCAGAAGGCACGACGUGGCUCUGAUUCUAGAGCCCGGUGGCAGCCCGGACACACACACAAGUGGGUCCUGGACAAUAACACUACCCUGUUAGAGUCUACUUUGUAGUCAUGGUAACGCCACGUUACUGGAAUCUACUUGGUGGUCAGAACUUAAAUAUGUUUUUAGUCUGGUUUAGAAUGUUUUGUUAUGAGUAAAUUAAUUGGAUUGUUCAAAACUAAAGACAGUUGUAUUAUCGCAAAUCCUACAGUUCAAUUUUGUGUUCUAGUAAUUUUAGAUCGUUAUAUGCCUUCAGUUUAUUAAGAUUUGGAGUUGUAUAAUUUAUAAAGCAUGGUAAAAUAUAUUUGUAUCAUUCGGUAUUAUUACCAUGACAGCGCUUGUAUUUCAGCAUUUUAUGUUUCCAUGUUUUUUUUUUCGGAGAUGACCCUAUGUUAUGCCUGUUUUUAAAACGAUGAUUGUUAAUUUGAAACCUAUUCUAUGAAAUUGUAACAUUUUGGAACGUUACAGCUUCGCUAACCAUGA